AUGCGGAGACCAGCCAGCAGAACGCUUGUGGCGGGACUUUGUGCAGCGGCCAGCAGCGUGUCCUAUGCCGGAAGAGCAUUAGACGCUGGUGCGUGGGAAGUCGUCAGGGGAGGGCAGGAGUGCCAUCGCUCGUUCCCCGCUUUCUUGUGGGCCGGGUCCAACACCGGAGGGAAUCUGGAGGAGGGCUACCACCACGCAGCGACGGAUGCCUUCGAGGUUGCGGAGAUAGUAGUCGAUGCCGCCGCUUCCGCGAAAGAGAUGGAGGUGGUCGUUGUGGUUCUUUCCCAGGGGAGCUCGUUUUCUACCUCCGGUGUGAGUGACGCCAAUGCCGCUGCUAGGUCUGCGGACGGGGGAUCGCCGCUGCACGCCAAGUCCGCGAGCGCCACGUUCCCGUACACCUACCCCUCCCCUACCACCUUGCGAAACGCACUGCCGCUCUUGGCGGGAGAGCUCGAGGUCCCCGUGCACACGCUUCCCCUGGAGGAAGUGGUACCCGCAAGCGCGUCGCUCGGGCUGCUGGACGACGGAAAACUGGACUUGAUCAUCGUUACCGUGCCGGAAGCGGCCACCAUCGAGGAAACGGACGCAACAGUGCGCACCGUGACAUCGUCACUGGAGGAGAAGAGCGUCGGCAGGUUCAUCUUCUUGUGGACGGGGGACUUCCACGACGAGGCUUGCGGCCGCCGAUCCCUGAAGGCCGAAUCGCGCGCCCACCGCCGCCUCGCGACGGAGUCGCUAACCCGGACGAUCAAGAUAACGCCCGACAUCUUGGCGGGGCUGCUGACGCUGCUCCUGUUCCUGUUCAUUUUGGUGACCGGUCUUGGCUGCGUGGGGGACAUCGAGUGCCCCAAGUCCUUUUCGUCGGAGGACCCGGCCAAGGGGAGAGAGUAUUAGCUUCGCUUCUCACUGACGGGGGUUCUUUUUUUCUAGGCUCCGGGUUUGGACAUAGGACACACAGCGCGCCAGGUUUCUGAUUCGUCGAAAUAAGAAAUGGGGCGCAUUUUUUUCCCUUUUUGUCUCUCUUGUUGGCGCUGCCUUGUGCAGCCGAACUGAGCGCGAAGUAAUUUUUGUUCGUGUCGCGGCCACGGGGUAUUGAAGAGCGUAGAUGGCAAGGCCGUGCUCUUUGUACAGCGGGGUUGAUGGUUGUGCUGAGGGUUGUUCUGCUAGUGGUUGGGUGAAUGGGGACGGCGGGCGGAGGAUUGGUCCUCACAACGACCUCCCGCGCAUUGUGUUGGCGUUGGAAUCCAUCGCGAAAGCUAUGGGCACGUGCAUGUCCACGGGUUUCAUUCAUUCAUUCCUCUACCGUGAUAUGGAGCGGCGGUUGGGCCCCAAUUGAAUGAACAUACUUCAAUGUAUUUUGAUAGGUUCUUCCCGCGAGGAGUGCACAUUUUUCAUGCGCGCCCCUGGUGUGUGUUGUGUAUGUUGGAGUACCCUAGGUAGACCUAGCUUGCCCCGUAGUUGUUCGGUAAGACGAGCAUCAGCACUCCCACAGGCGAGGGUGGUCGGAGGGGCUCGAGUAGCUUCCUCGCGGAAUUUUCCAGAUUUCCGUUUUUGCCGCGCAGCCAAAGGGUGGCAGUUGGGGGAUGCUUCCUGGAAAGGAAUCGCUUUCUGUUUAUGUUUGCCCACCCUAUCACGU